GAUAACUAAUCGAAAGUUUGUACAACCUGAGCUCUGAAAAACAAGAAAAUAAAGCAUUAAAUUGGGAGAAAUAUUGCUUAAAAUAAGCUAAAUUAUCUGCCAACAGAACAAGAAUAUUUCACUUGCUACUUAAGGACAAAGAAAACAGUGUAGUGUGGUUCCUGCUACACACACAGAACUUAACAGAUAAUUAAAUGUGUAUUAAAAUAUGGUAAUAUGUACCGCUUGAGCCUAUGUACACACAUGUUACAUAAUUAAGAGCUUAAUAAUUAAGAUUACAGAAAUGCAACACUAAGGACGCAAGCUGCCAAACUCAAAGAAGAAGCAGCAGCUCUGGGGUCAGCAGAUGAAGGGAAAACAUAUUUAACUGAAAAGAGAGUGUCUGAGCAAACAGACACGGUUAGAUGCUACUGACCACGCGAAGAACACUUUACUGUAGGAAAUAUAUAUCAGAGAGGAAGAACAUGAUGGAAUAAAAAGAGAGAACAAGACACACCGGGCGCUGUGGGAGAGAACUACCUCCAGAAGGUGGCAGCAGCCAUUACUCUGUUUUGUUUCUUUAAAAAGUAUCUCAACAGUAAGGAGCCGUGUGUCCGGAUAAACCUGCUGCUCUCCCACGAGGUAGCUUAGCAUGCUAACAGGAAGUUAGCCUCGCAGCGCUGCUCAGAGUGAAGAAAGUGUUUGUGAGCUGGUGGAGAAAAUGAGUAAAGUCCAGGUGCUGAGUGCGGCUGCUGAAGAGAUAUUCGGGCUGUUUGAAAGGACGAUAUCAGAGUACGAGCGGGAACUCUGUCGGUCCAAAGAGGAGAACCAGAGACACCGGAAACUGCUGGACGCGGUGUUCCAGCCUGAAGUCCGGCUGCACAGAACAGUGAGUCAUGAAGACGUUCAGCAGCUGCAGGGGAGUAAACAAGAGGUUCCCUCUGAGCAGAAGGAGUGGAGACACAGUCUGGACCAGGAGGACCCACUAGAGGUGCCACACAUUAAAGAGGAACCGGAGGAACUCUGGACCAGUCAGGAGGGAGAGCAGCUUCCAGGGCUGGAGGAGGCUGAUAUCACCAAGUUCACAUUCACUUGUGUCCCUGUGAAGAGUGAAGAAGAUGAUGAGAAACCUCAGUCCUCACAACUUCAUGAGAGCCAAACUGAACAGAUGGAAGCUGAUGGAGAGGACUGUGGAGGACCAGAACCAGCCAGGGACUCUGAUCCAGAUAGACUUUUACAAUCUGAGACUGAAGACUCUUCUGAACCUGAAGUCAGUGAUGAUUGGAAGGAGACCAGAGCACCUCAGUCAGGUUUAAACUUUCUGCAAAAUCACGACUAUUAUUCUGGUGCGAAACCAUUUUGCUGUUUUGAGUGCGGAAAACUAUUUAACCAAAACUCAAAUCUGAAGACACACAUGAGGAUUCACACAGGAGAGAAACCUUUCAGCUGCUCAGUCUGUGGUAAAAGAUUUGCCCAGAAGAUUUUCAGAACCACAUGAGAUGUCAUACAGGAGAAAAACCUUUCCACUGUUCACUUUGUAAGAAAGGUUUUUCACGGUAUGCACAUUUACAGUUACACAUGAGACUUCACACAGGAGACAAACCAUUCAGCUCAUUGACUUUGCUUAAUCAGGUCAAAAGGCAUCAGUGUGCCGGUCGUCGGUCCUCGCAGCUUCAUCAAAACCAGAGUGAGGAGUCUCGAGCCAGCAGCUCAACAGAACACAUGAAAACAGAACCUGAAGGAGAGGACUGUGGAGGACCAGCCAGGAACUCUGAUCCAGAUAGAUUUAAACGGGGAACGGAGCAAUUUUUAUUUGAUGGUCAGUUUGUCAGGAAAAUGGAACUGAACUAUUUUUGAACUGGACUGCUUUGCUGAAUAGAAAUGAACUGGAUCCUGAGGGGUAAUUCGAGUUGUGUUUAUUGUUUUGUGAUACCCGUUUUUUAAUACAUGUUUCUUCUGUUGCAUUUCA